AUGGCGGUCCAGGACAUCACAUUAAAAUUGCAAGACGAUGCUGGACCUGUAAGGUUCAUCCGGAAACAGGGCCUGGACCGGCUCUUUCUGGAGUGUGAUGCCCACAUGUGGCGCCUGGGGGACCGGCGGAUCCCAGAGGGCAUUGCCGUGGAUGGCGGCUCAGAUUGGUUCCUGCUAAACCGGAAGUUUGUUGAGUAUGUGACGUUCUCCACAGACGAUCUGGUGACAAAAAUGAAGCAAUUCUACUCCUACACCCUGCUUCCUGCAGAGUCCUUCUUCCACACGGUCCUGGAGAACAGUCCCCACUGCGACACCAUGGUGGACAACAACCUGCGGGUCACCAACUGGAACCGCAAGCUGGGCUGCAAGUGCCAGUACAAGCACAUCGUGGACUGGUGCGGCUGCUCCCCCAACGACUUCAAGCCACAGGACUUUCACCGCUUCCAGCAGACAGCCCGGCCCACCUUCUUUGCCCGCAAGUUCGAAGCCGUGGUGAAUCAGGAAAUCAUUGGACAGUUGGACUAUUACCUGUAUGGGAACUACCCCGCGGGCACCCCGGGCCUCCGCUCCUACUGGGAGAAUGUCUACGAUGAGCCUGACGGCAUCCACAGCCUGAGCGACGUGACGCUGACCUUGUAUCAUUCCUUCUCCCGCCUGGGCCUCCGCCGGGCAGAGCUGUUGCUGCACGACGCCGGGGAGAACAGCUGCAGGUACUAUCCAAUGGGCCACCCAGCCUCUGUCCACCUCUACUUCCUUGCUGACCGUUUCCAGGGCUUUCUGAUCAAGCAUCAUGCUACCAAUCUGGCCGUGAGCAAACUCGAGACCCUUGAGACAUGGGUGAUGCCAAAGAAAGUCUUCAAGAUCGCCAGCCCACCCAGCGACUUUGGGAGGCUUCAGUUUUCUGAGGUCGGCACUGACUGGGAUGCCAAGGAACGGCUCUUUCGCAACUUUGGGGGUCUCCUGGGGCCCAUGGACGAGCCAGUAGGCAUGCAGAAAUGGGGGAAGGGCCCCAACGUGACUGUGACUGUCGUCUGGGUGGAUCCCGUCAACAUCAUCGCAGCCACCUAUGACAUCCUGAUUGAGUCCACUGCCGAAUUCACCCACUACAAGCCCCCUUUGAACUUGCCCCUGAGGCCUGGGGUCUGGACAGUGAAAAUUCUCCACCACUGGGUGCCAGUCGCAGAAACCAAAUUCCUCGUCGCACCUCUGACCUUCUCAAACAGGCAGCCCAUCAAACUGGGUAACGUCUUCCUCCUUGCUCAGUCCCAUCCCCAGCAGUGGCCACUGCCAACAGUUUGGUGUACAGUCCUUCUAGAGGUUUCUCAGUGCUUUUAAAGCAUUGACGUAAACACAAA